GUGAAACGCACAGUGACAUCACCGCGUCGAAAUGCCGGAAGCGUUUUCUCAUUGUUAUUAUUUCCUGUGCUGAGCUGAGCGGCUGUACAGUCUCCAGGCGGUUUUCAGCAUGGCGCACUGGUUUCAUCGAAAUCCCCUGAAAGCCACAGCUCCCGUCUCCUUCAACUUUUAUGGAGUCGCUGCGAGUCCUGCAGCCAACAAGAUAUGCAAUGAUCUGAGGGCCACCAGGGCCUGCCUUCUGGAGUUGUUCACCGAUGUCACGUGUAAUCCCGAAAUGAUGAAAAAGGCCACUGAUGCUUACUUCUCCCUGUUGCAAGGAUUCAUUGUUUCGUUGGAUGGGACUACACAAGAAAAUAAAAUGCGAUUCAUUCAGAACUUCAAAUGGACAGACACUUUACUUGGGAAUGUGGCAAGUGCCCAGCAAGAUGCCGUCUUUGAACUGGCUGCGAUGGCCUUUAAUGUUGCACUGUGGUACACUAAAUUUGCAUCAAGGCUUGCUGGAAAAGAGAACAUAACAGAAGAUGAAGCUAAGGAAGUUCACAAGAGCCUGAAAAUUGCAGCUGGAAUCUUCAAGUACCUCAAGGAGGCCCAGGUUCCUCGCUUUAUCACCCCAGUUGAAAAGGGAAGAGAUCUAGAAGCUAGAGUGAUGGACACCUACACAAUUCAGUCCCAGGCAGAGGCUCAGGAAGUGACGAUUGCGAGAGCUAUUGAACUGAAGCAUAAUGCAUCCUUGGUAGCAGCUCUGGCCUUUGAGACUGCAAACUUCUACCAAAGAGCUGACCACACCCUGAACAGUCUGGACCCAGACUAUAGCAGCAAGUGGAGGAAGUACCUCCAGCUGAAGCAGAUGUUCUACAUAGCCUACGCUUACUGCUACCACGGACAAACCCUGCUAGCCAGCGAUAAGUGCGGGGAGGCCAUCCGGUCUCUGCAGGAGGCGGAGAAGUGCUACUCCAGAGCCGAGGCUCUGUGCAAAGAGUAUCGUCAGACCAAGGGUCCGGGCAGCACUGCCAAGCCAUCCGAACAGCUUUUCUUUCUGAAGCUGGGCAGCCUGAUCAAGAACACCCUGGAGAAGUGCCAGAGGGAGAAUGGAUUUAUAUAUUUCCAUAAGAUUCCACCAGAGGCUCCUCAGCUGGAGCUGAAGGCCAGCUACGGACUAGCAGAGCCUGUUCCCUUUGAGCUCCCUGCUCUGAGUCAGCAGUGCACCCCAGAGGUGUAUGCGACCUUUGACCUCACCAAGGGUGCCAAAGACGACAAGGCUAAACCAAAGCAGGAAGAGGAAGUGAAACCUGUAAAGGAACCAGACCUGAAGCCUCAGAAGGAUACGGGCUGCACCCUCUCCUAAGUGCAGGGAGGGACGCACUGCCCUUGUGUAAAUAGUAAAGCUACUUCUCCAGGCAAAGUACAGCCAUGCGUUUGACCUUUUUGAUUUCAGUUUCCCGUAGGUACAGGUGAGAUGACAGACCAUAACGCUUUCGAAGCAGGUGGUUCACAAUAAAUGGCUUUGCCGCAGUGCAGAAGAGCAACAUUAUAACGGGCACAGAAUGCAGAGAGCAAGCAAACACCUGAAUGAAUGAUUUGGGAGGUGAUGGACUUAACAGACAUGGUAGAGCUCAUGGGGCAGGGUGUGUCUGAUAGUCUGAUGGUCUCAUGUUCACAAUCCACAGACAAAUCAUUGCCAACCUACCUUGACCUGGACACCAAUUUUAUGCCUCGCUUCAUAGGCAGUUCACAUUUAAACUUUCCUAAACUAACAUCCACACUUUUUACUUGCCCUAGUUUAUAUUCACUGUCAGUUUUUAAUUAGCGUAGAUGCGCCAUAGAUUAGCAUUUGACUUUUUUGAGUCUGAGCUAUCAUACAUGGGCCGAAUUUUAUAUAUAUUUUUCAUUUCGGUCUCUGAACAGGUAAUUUGUAACUGUGAUCUACAAGACGGCAUUCUGCGCUCUCCUGGGGUGUCUCAGUCUGUCUUGCUUGUCAGUUUCCAUUUGUUCAUGUUCUUUAACAAUUGACAGCUUUCAUCUGACAGCUGAUUGGUGAUUAAUGGGUUAUGAUUGGCCCCUGCGUUGGUGUUGGAAGUCAAUGAACACUGCCUCUAAACACACACACACACACACACACACACACAAAAGUCAUGACAUGCCUCUGAACUUCUUAUAAUCCAUUUCCUGUUAAUGGUGAUGUCCUGUAAAUUUGUGCAUCUCGUCUGGCAGAUGUCAAACCAGAAGCUAAAGGUGCAGCAGGUACCAUUUUAUUUUAUGAGCAUUUGACUGUAUUGUUCUCUCCACCUUGGGUAACUCGGAUACUGAAACGACCGGUCCUUGCAGAAGUAUCCGAGGAUUAUGGGAUGUAACCGCAUGUGGAGCUCGCCAGGUUCUCCUUGCAUUUUUAUUUAUAGAUGCACUUUCAUAUCCCUCUCCAAAUCAGUCUCAAAAAUCUGAUGAUGGAGGAUUUCUAAUCGGCUGAUCGUUCAGGAAACACAAAGGUCAUCACUUUCCACUGUAACUAGGCCCUGAUUGGCCGCUCUCUCUCUCUGUUUGUUCCUCUGUCUGUAUGGAUAUAUAUGAUGCUGCGUCUGUAUUGUAGUGCUGGAAAUUUGGAUGAAAAAGAUUAACUCUAUUCAUUGUCUGGAUUAUUGCUAUAUAUCUCCUGUAUUUUAAGUGGUUAAUAAAACGACUGCAGUCUGUUA